GAUAAACCCUCUGCCGACUGCCGCGUCCAUCGUCGGUUCUUCCGUCAAGCUUCUGGGGUUUUUCUGUUACAGGCAGGCUUCGCGUUCCCGAGAGAGAGGGAGAUGGGAAGGAGGAUACUGAACGAUGCGCUGAGGGCCAUCGUGAAUGCGGAAAAGAGAGGGAAGGCAUCGGUGGAGCUCAAGCCGAUUUCCACCGUCAUGUCGUCUUUCCUCAAGAUCAUGAAAGAUCGAGGAUACAUUAAAAAUUAUCAAGUAUUUGAUCCACAUCGAGUGGGAAGGAUAUCGGUUGAAUUACAAGGGAGGGUAAGAGACUGCAAGGCGCUUACUUACAGACAAGACAUCAAAGCAAAGGACAUAGAGACUUACACAAAGCAUACUCUUCCGACACGUCAGUGGGGUUAUGUAGUGAUCACGACUCCGGACGGCGUGCUGGAUCACGAGGAGGCAAUUAAGCGGAAUGUCGGGGGUCAGGUUCUUGGUUACUUUCAUUAGAUCUGCUUUCUAGAUCCUCUGUAAUAGACUGGAUAUUCGGGCACAAGUAGAGAAAUCCUUCUGAAGUGAAAGUUCUCUGUUGAAAAAUAACUACUGUUCAAGUUGUGCUUUGAUUAGUUCGUGUUACUGAUCAAUCUUUUUCUAGAUCUGUUAUAAUGGCCAGUGCAAG